AUGGGCAGUUCCGCUAAUGUUGCUGCUGACACUGCUUCUAGUGCUGCUGCUGCUGCUGCUGCUGGUGCUGCUGCUGCCGCCAGGACCAGGGCUGGACCUUCUCACAUGGAGGGUGCUGCGGGAGCAAUGGACGAAGACAAGAGUGCUGGUGGUGUGAGUGGUGGUGCUGCUGCUGGUGUGAGCGGUGGUGGUGGUGGUGCUGCUGCUGCUGCUCGUUUAAGAGCUGGACUUCGGAAUCCGGAACUGAACACUCUCGGGCUGAACACCCUUGGACUCGGCAGCCUGGGGAAGUUGAAGCAGUUCCGCCCGGCCUCAGCACAAUCUGCUGAGCGCUCAUCAAUCCCGCUGGUCGCAGUUCCUCGGACACUGCAACGUGCAGCAGCAGCAGCAGUGUCGAUUUCCCCCACAGCCUCCAAGUAG